AGGAAGGACCUGCCUCCAGGCUGAAAACAGCCUGUCUGAUGUUUCUGCAGAAUAUGUUUAGGCUUCUCCAGGAGCACAAGCAAGAAAAAUACAACGACUCAUCAUGGUCCCCAUGCUCAGAAUGCUGUUGUGUCUUGGACUGAGUGUGGGACAGAAGACUGCAGUCCUGGCAGGAAACCUCACAAAGCCCAAAAUCUGGGCUGAGCCACACUCUAUGAUUGCCUCAAAUGCACCUGUUACUAUUUGGUGUCAGGGGUCCUGGGAGGCCAAGGAGUACCAUUUGUUUAAAGAGGGAAACAUGGAUCCUUGGGACAGACAAUACCCUCUGGAAAGCUUGGACAAGGCUAAGUUCUACAUCCAACACAUGACAGCUUACUUUGCAGGGAUAUAUAAGUGUUACUAUAAGAGCCCUGCUGGCUGGUCAGAGCACAGUGACACCCUGGAACUGGUGCUAACAGGAGCCUAUGAUAAACCAAGCCUGUCUGUCUGGCCCAGUUCUGCUGUGACCUUAGGAGAGACCAUAACCAUGCAGUGUAGUUCAUCACUGGGAUUUGGUAGAUUUAUUCUGACCCAGGAAGGAAAGCACCACCUCCAAUGGACC